GCCCAGUUCACGUGGUCAUGGCUUCUUCUGCUUUAUUGCUGCUGGUGCUUUCCUCCUCUGUCUCCCUCACAGUGGCCGUCUUGUUUGGUGAGCCCAGAAUCUUUGGAGAGGAUGCUACUGGUUACGGCCCCAUAUUUGAAGAGGAGCCUGUGGAUGUGGUCUACACUGAAGACUCACCCGAUGGGAGAAUCUCCAUGAACUGCAGGGCACGUGCAAACCCACCAGCUUCAUACAGGUGGCGCCGUGAUAACUGGGAAAUCAAGCUGAUGGAGCAGCCAGAUGAGCACUACAGCCUGGUGGGAGGGAACCUGGUUAUCACCAACCCUUUACAGAAGAAGCAUGCUGGGACGUACAUCUGCGUGGCCAAAAAUAUCUACGGCACCGUCAUCAGCAAAGAGGCCAGAGUCAAGUUUGGAUUUAUCGGUGAGUUUCCUGAUGAGGAGAGAGAUCCCGUGUAUGUCAAAGAAGGACAGGGAGCUGUUCUGCUGUGUGCACCUCCGAAAGCCUGGCCACAGGAGGUAACUUAUCGCUGGAUCUACAACGAGUUCCCAGUUUUCCUGCACACAGACCACCGGCGCUUUGUCUCCCAGAAGACGGGGAACCUGUACAUCUCCAAGGUGGAAGCUCAGGACGCAGGAAACUACUCCUGCUUCGUGUCUAGUCCCGUCUUAGGGAAGAGCGUCUUCUCUAAGUUCAUCCCUCUCAUCCCCUUGCCUCCUGAUGAUGGUUAAAAGUAUCCAGCAGACAUUAGAGUGAAGUUUCCAGACACUACCGCCAUGCUGGCCUCUAAUAUUACCUUGGAGUGCUUUGCUCUCGGAAACCCCAUCCCUCAUAUCGUGUGGAGGAAGGUGGAUGCCACAGAUCUCCCUGCGAAUCACGAAAUCAGUGAAUCUGGAGCCGUGCUUCAUCUGUACAAUGUGCAGUAUGAAGACGUGGGAGGAUACGAGUGUGAAGCCAUCAACACUAAAGGAAAGGACUGGCACAAGGCCUGGCUCUAUGUGGAGUCUGCUCCAGAGUGGGCAGAAACCAUCAACAACACUCAGAUCGACAUCGGCUCAGAGCACACCAUGCGCUGUGUGGCAUCAGGGAAACCCUUCCCUUUCAUCCGCUGGUACAAGGAUGGAUAUAUGUAUGGGAAAGGUGAGCUGAAGUUUUCCAGUCUCACUUUUGAUGACUCAGGGAUGUACCAGUGUAUCGCUGAGAACUACUGGGGCAUCAAAUACGCCAACGCCGAGCUGCGAGUCAUCGCAUGCGCUCCAACAUUCGAGUUUAACCCCGUGAAAAAGCAGCUUCUUGGAGCGAGAGAUGGACGUGUGGUGAUUGAGUGUAAACCCAGAGCGGCUCCGAGACCUCGUUUCACCUGGACGAAGGGCAAAGAGCUCCUCUUCAACAAUUCACGCAUUUCCAUCAUGUUCGAUGGGAGUCUGGAGAUCCUCAAUGCCACCAUAAAUGACGAGGGCCUUUACACUUGCACCGCUGAGAAUGACAGAGGAAAAGCCAGCAGCUCUGGUACUCUAACCAUCACAGAGGCUACCAGCCUCACAGUUGCACCUGAAGACACUGAGGUUCUGGUUGGUGAAGAGGUGAUUCUGAGUUGCGCUGCUUCAUUUGACCCCAUGCUGGACAUCACAUUCAUCUGGACUAUAGACUUCAGAGUCAUUGACUUUGACGCCGAGUGGCAACACUAUGAACGUGUUAUGAGCGAAGACGGCGUUGGUGACCUGAGAAUAAAGAACGUCCAGAUUUGGCACGAAGGCCACUACACCUGCACGGCGCAGACCGUGGUAGACAGUGACACUGCUUUCGCUGACCUUAAAGUUGUAGGUGUCCCCGGGCCUCCAGGUGUGAUCCGCAUUGAAGAGAUUGGUGACACAUGGGUGAAGCUGCUGUGGUCUAAAGGAUCAGAGCAUAACAGCCCCAUUCUCUACUACACCGUUCAGACCAGGCACUACUGGGCUCUGUAUGAGGAUGACUGGAGGAAUGCCAGCACCUCUCCAACUUUUCUUGAUGGCACUAUGGAGAAGGCAGAGGUGACGGAUUUAUACCCUUGGAUGGAAUAUCAGUUCAGGAUCAUUGCUACCAAUGAGUAUGGUUCUGGAGAGGCCAGUAUCCCGUCCCUCAAGAUCAAAACCUGGGAUGCUGCUCCAGUGGUUUCUCCCACUGAUGUGGCAGGUUUUGGAGGCAGAAAUGGCGAGAUCGUGAUCACGUGGACACCGGUGCAGCCGUGGUAUUUCUACGGCAAGAAGUUUGGCUACAUCGUUGCAUUCAAGCCUCACGACGCCUACGACUGGUGGUACGAAACCAUCUCGGACCCCGAGACGAGACGAUACGUCCACAGAGACUCCUACUUCAUUCCCACCGAGGAGGACUUCCAGGUGCGAGAGUUUCAGGUGAAGAUCAAGACUUUUAAUUUGAAAGGAGACGGACCCUACAGCCUCACCAAGGUCAUCUACUAUCCACGAGAUGUACCGACAGAAUCACCGACGGACGUCUAUGCUCGGCCGGUGUCCUCCACCGAAGCUCUGGUGUGGUGGCUGCCGGUGGUCGACACUGGAACAGGCCUGCAACAGUACAUUGAAGGAUACCAGGUCAAAUACUGGAGAAAGUAUGAUGAUCCAGAGCCGGGAGCCAAUCGUAUCUUCGUUCCAGGUACGGUCAACCAGACCAGGCUGGAGAACAUGCUGCCAGACUCACACUACCUCAUCGAGGUCCGUGCCUUCAACGGAGCAGGCCUCGGACCUCCGGGUGAACACUGUGAGAUGUUCACAAAGAGAGCACCACCACCAGAUCCACCCAGGAUGUGGCGCUACAUCAGCUGGACAGGAAAGUGGUUGUAUGUGUGGUGGGAUCACAUCCCGUACGACAUUUUCGGCAAUAUUUCGUUCCCCCUGUACUACAAGGUCAUGUUCAGGAAGACGGGCUACAUCUAUGGGAAGGUCUACAUCACCGGUUGGCACUUCAUGGACUUCCCCAUGCCUCAGCUUGGAGACUAUGAGCUGAUGGUGCGCGGCCGUUAUGAAGGAGGGGAUGGCCCAGUCAGGAAGAUCAGGAUUCAGGGUAAAGCAUCGAUGACCACACCCACCCUCAGCCUCGUGUCAUUGGUGCUGCUGGCGCUGUGCAUUGUGGGAUUGGGAGUUUAAAUCCGCCACAAGUGACGUGUACAUAAUAGACUCUGGGAAGCAAAUACAUGGACCCAUUAGAAGAUCCAGUCUUCGUCAUCAAACGGUCUUCACACUGAUAGUCACAGGUUAAGAUCCCCACAUCAUGCAUCUUUCGUGCGUUUGUUCUGAUGUAACACCACAAUGGAAGUUGUUGUUUCUCGAAUAUGAAAUAGAAACUUUUUAUAGAUCACUUACUGCAGCAGAAGAACAGCAGGACGCGUGCGGCAAAAAGUCAUAUUUGAGUAGAUCCAAAAUGUCGGUGACGAAUCAGAUGUUUAACUUAACCCAAAAUACGUGAAGACAGAUGAUGAUUGCUGGAUGAUAUACUGCACUUAUUUCUCUCCACGCACUCCUCAGAUGGAAGUAAAUACACUUCAAAGUCUUUUUUGAGUUACGUUUGUCAAACACUCCAACGCAAUAUGUCCUGUACUACUUCUGUCUUUUAUUUCCCAACAAUUUUCACUCUGAAGCUGGAAUGAAAAAGUGUUAUUUGUAGCAAACACUAGCUGUCGCUCUCAGAUGGUCCAAACAAUGAAUACGUAUGUAAAGACUGUAUUAAGCGAUGCAGUUUGUUUGAAACGAGCAAAGAAGUAAUUUAUGCUUAUCAAGAUAAUGCCAAAAUCCAUCUCCUUUUCCUGUAAACAGGGUUAUUUUCUACAAUCAUAGGGACACUGUCAUACAUUAUUAAAGGUUAUAUACUUUUCCCAAAACAUAUUUGGUUAAAAUUUCUUCAAGGGUGCUGCAACUUCUGAAUAAUUUACACUUACAUCAUAAUCCUGAAUAUUUAUAGUCUGUUCAGCAAGGAAAGUCACUUUGACAAUUUUCCCUGAGACCAAUGAGGAUUUUUUUUUUUUUUGAUAGCGAAAGGUUGCAUUUGAAUGAACUGUGAGGCCGGAGUUGGGUAGAAGCUAAUGUAUAUCACAUGUAUCUGUAUGCUAAUUUAUUUUAUGUCAGGCUGCAAAACCAUUAAACAGAAUACAACAAAAAAA